ACGACUUCACCUCGAGUAAACAUGUUGAAGAAGGAUCGGAGGAGGCAACCGACGGCGUGAAAAGUGACUUCCAGGUGGACGGCAAUGGCUUGAUUCCUGCGCGCGACACCGCCGCUGUCAGGGGCGCUCAUGUUUCUUUCGGUGCGAGCGAGAGAAAGUUUCCUGCGCUUCACUCGGAAAUAAAAGCGCCGUUUUGUGACCGCGUCAGGCUCGCCAGCAUGUCCAACCCCGCGUUGAGGAAGAACCACUGGACCUCGCGACUCAACGAGUGCGCCGUAGCCAAAGAUGCACGGGGGGCCUUGAACGUGCCCCUGCGCGGCGGGGCCGAGAACGGAGAGUUCGCGUUCGUCGGGCAACUCGAGCAGAACCGAGUGCUUUACAACAGCGGACGGUUAAACGACGGAGAGCUUCUUCUGGAGGUGGAGAACACCCCCGUCUCGGGAUUACCCCUGUACGACGUGCGGGCCCUCAUCGAGAGCUGCAAAGGUCCCGUCCGGCUAAAAGCCGUCAGGCCAGGAAAUAAGCUGGACAAGGACCUGAAACGCUAUCUGAGCCAGCGCUUCCAGAAAUCGUCGCCUGACCACCAACUGCAGCAAAUCAUCCGAGACAACCUCUACCAUCACGCCGUGCCUUGUACUACCCGACCCCCCCGGAAAGGAGAAGUCCCCGGUGUAGACUACACUUUCCUUUCGGUUCAGGACUUUCUUGAGUUGGAGAAGAGCGGGACCCUGUUGGAAAUCGGAACAUACGAAGGAAACUAUUAUGGGACGCCCAAGCCGCCGGUGCAACCCCCCGGUGGGAAAGUGAUUCCCAAUAGCAGAGGCGGUGAUGCCCCGCGGCCAGACGGGCUCAGCGGUAGCCGGUCCGGCUCGCCAGACUCCACGCCUCGACGCAGCAGCUCCUACAAUGACAUGCGCAAUGCCGGAAUAGUGUCCGGAGAAGCGCCGCGGGAGGACGACCAGGACCUCCCUGAGAUGAACGGUAGUUACCCAGCAGGAGAGUCGAGUGAAUCGGACGAGACUCAUCAUUCGGCGAGAGCCUUCAGCGCUCGCCGCAGUGACCCAUCCUACCUUGGGACCGCCCCCUCCCCGCCGGCCACCACGGAGAGCGCUCGGCAGACUCCCCCUAACCUGAGCCAUCCUCGGGAGGAGGAUCCUCAGGGCCCUCUGCCUGACAACUGGGAGAUGGCCUACACUGACAGCGGAGAGGUCUAUUUUAUAGACCACAAUACGAAGACCACGUCUUGGAUAGACCCUCGGUGCCUGGACAAACCUCAGAAAACCUUGGAAGAAUGUGACGAUGAUGAAGGGGUUCAUACGGAGGAGCUCGACAACGAUCACGAACUUCCUCCUGGGUGGGAGAAAAUAGACGAUCCAGUCUAUGGGGUCUACUACGUUGAUCAUAUCAACAGGAAGACCCAGUACGAGAAUCCCGUCUUGGAGGCCAAGCGGCGCAGGCAAGUGGAGCAGCAACAGCCUCCGCUACCAAGCCAGCCGCCAGCUGAAGAAUGGAUUGAAGACUCCGCGUUCGCCGGGGUCCCUCUGGCAAGUUAUCCCGCCAACCAGCAAGAGACCUACAGGGACCCUCCCACCGGGCCCACCGUGCCAAUGGGACAGAAACGAGGAAAGCCCUUCUUCACCCGCAACCGAUCGGAACUCAAGGGGACUUUCAUCAAUACCAAGCUGAAGAAGAGUCGCCGAGGUUUCGGUUUCACCGUGGUGGGAGGCGACGAGCCGGAUGAAUUCCUGCAAAUCAAGAGCCUGGUCCUCGACGGGCCGGCCGCUCUGGACGGCAAGAUGGAGACAGGCGACGUGAUCGUGAGCGUCAACGACACCCGCGUGCUGGGCUACACCCACGCCCAAGUGGUGAAGAUCUUCCAGUCCAUCCCGAUCGGCUCCAUGGUCAACUUGGAGCUGUGCCGGGGCUACCCCUUGCCCUUUGACCCCGACGACCCCAACACCAGCCUGGUGACCUCGGUGGCCAUUCUGGACAACAAGGAGCCCAUCAUCGUCAACGGUCAAGCGGCCUCCGAGCGCACGUACGACCUGCCGCCGCCCGUUCGCGGCGGCCAGAGCGACGGCGCCGGCCCGGCCGACGGCGGGCCGGCUCUCAACGGCCUGCCGCGGCCCCGCAGCCCCUCCUCCGAGGCGGCCUCGGACGGCGGCUCCCGGCGCGGCUACCCCGGCGACGUGGUCACUCUGGCCUCGUCCAUCGCCACGCAACCGGAGCUCAUCACGGUGCACAUGGAGAAAGGAGACAAGGGCUUCGGCUUCACCAUCGCCGACAGCCUGGGCGGCGGCGGGCAGAGGGUCAAGCAGAUUGUGGACUACCCGCGCUGCCGCGGCCUCAGGGAGGGCGACAUCAUCGUGGAGGUCAACAAGAGGAACGUGCAGACCAUGUCGCACAACCAGGUGGUGGACUUGCUCAGCAAGUGUCCCAAAGGCACCGAGGUCACCAUGUUGGUGCAGAGAGGGGUGGCACCUGCAAAGAAGAGCCCAAAACUGGACGAUUUUGAGCUGGCGCCGCCAUACCGAGAUUACACUCGCAGGCAGUUGUCGAGGAAGGACAGUCAGAACAGCUCCCAGCUCAGCGUUUCCAGCCAGCGCAGCGCCAACGCCGACUCGUCCUCGGCGGCCGGGCUCAGCGAGAACGCCGCUCCUCCGGUACCGUCGCAGCCCCUGCCGGGUCUUCCGCCCCAGGACGCGACGGUCGACGGGACCAUCCAGAGGAAACCGGAUCCCUUUAAGAUUUGGGCCCAGUCCAGGAGCAUGUAUGAAAGUAGGCUUCCCGACUUCCAGGAGCAGGACAUUUUCCUCUGGAGGAAAGACACCGGCUUCGGCUUCCGAAUCCUGGGAGGGAACGAGGAAGGAGAGCCGAUAUACAUCGGCCACAUCGUGAAGUACGGCGCGGCGGACGAGGACGGACGCCUUCGCUCCGGCGACGAGCUGGUCUGCGUGGACGGCACGGCCGUGGUGGGCAAGUCGCACCAGCUGGUGGUGCAGCUGAUGCAGCAGGCGGCCAAGCAGGGCCACGUCAACCUCACCGUGCGACGCAAAACCACUUACGCCGUUAAAGCCGAAGGAGACGUGCCCCCGUCGCCGGCUUCGUCCCACCACAGCGGAACCCGGGCGCCCAGCCUGACGGAGGAGAUGGGGAAGCCGACUCCGCAGGGCAGUCAGAAUUCCCUCAACACCGUCAGCUCCGGCAGCGGUUCCACCUCCGGCGGCGGGGGCGGCGCCAACGCCGCGGCGCUCGCCGUCGCCGCCGCCUCCGCCUCCUCGGCGCAGCCCCCCCACGUCAACGCCUUGCAGCCUUACGACGUCGAGAUCCGCCGCGGGGAGAACGAGGGCUUUGGAUUUGUCAUUGUGUCAUCGGUGUCGCGGCCCGAGGCCGGCACUACCUUUGCCGGCAAUGCCUGUGUGGCCAUGCCUCACAAAAUAGGGCGGAUCAUCGAGGGAAGCCCCGCCGACCGCUGCGGCAAGCUGAAGGUGGGAGAUCGCAUCCUGGCGGUCAACUCGUGCUCCAUCACCAACAAGUCCCACUCGGACAUCGUCAACCUCAUCAAGGAGGCCGGGAAUACCGUGACGCUGCGCAUCAUCCCCGGAGACGAGUCAUCAAAUGCAUCGUUGCUGACCAAUGCGGAGAAGAUCGCCACGAUCACCACCACUCACGCGGCCCAGCAACAGGCGGCGCCGGAGGCCAGAAACAACACCAAACCAAAACAGGAGUCGUUUGACUUUCAAGCCCCUCCCCCGCAGCUUGCGCCGCAAGUCUCCGCCCAGGAUUCCGAGUUUUACUCGGCAGACCUGGAGAGAGACAGCAAAGGCUUCGGCUUCAGUCUGCGGGGCGGCAGGGAGUACAACAUGGACCUUUACGUACUCAGACUAGCGGAAGACGGAGCGGCCGUCCGCAACGGGAAAAUGAGGGUUGGCGACGAAAUCCUGGAAAUCAACGGCGAGAGCACCAAGGGCAUGAAGCACUCCCGAGCCAUCGAGCUGAUUAAAAGCGGGGGCCCGCGCGUCCAUCUGGUGCUCAAGAGGGGUGACGGCUCGGUGCCCGAAUAUGACGGCAGCCGCCGCGACAGCGGCGCAGCCUCAGGGCUACAAAACGCUGCGGAAGUGAUUCCGGCGCCCUUCGACGAGCCCUCGGAGCAAAGCUACAAGCCGGAAGCCCAAAUCUCAUCCGGGGCCAGGAAGGAGACCGCCCACCAAACUUCGGGCACCGGCAAGCAGCGUUCACGUCACCGCCAUCGCUCUCCUCACAAGAAAACCGGCACGGGAAAACACAAAAGGACAACGUCUCCCAGGAAGACCAACCUGUUAAGGAAGAAGAAGGACGAAAAGGCAAAAUACGGCCAGCGCCACCAUUCGGGCGGGCGCCGCCACCGCUCUCCCGACAAGGGCUACAAGCGCUCGCGCAGCGCGGAGAACGCUCUGGACGGCCGUGGCGGGGGACGCCGCGGCAGUCGCUCCCCCGAAAGGCGGCGCGACCACCGCUCCCGCCACCGCUCUCCUUACCGCUCUCGCCAGCGCUCGCCGCGCCGCUCGCCCGGCCGCUCGCCGCGCCGCUCGCCUCCCCGCUACAGGUCGCCCCCUCGCCGGCGCUCCCCCGCCAGAGGCCACGGCCGCUCCCCCGACCGCAGAUACGGCUCGCCGCGGGCCGCCGGGCAGCGGGGCAACGAGAAGCCCGCCGGGGCCGAGGCGGUCUCGAGGGUACCGCCGAGGUCCGCCGAACCGAGCCUGGCUUUCGAGGACAGCGUCUUGCGCGAGGCCCCCGCCCCGCUCCGCCUCAACGGGGAGGCCGGGGUAGAGCGCGCCGGGGUAGAGCGCGCCGUGGUGAGCGAUAGCCUCCUGACGAGGGCCUCGGCCAUGGAGCGAGCCUUCGGCGGCGGCGGCGGCGACGACAGCCUGCUGAGGGAAAUUUCCCGCAACCCCAGAGACACCUACAGGAACGUCUCCCUCCCCAGGGUGCGCACGCCCGACUCCGACUCCGACUCGGCUUACCGCAGGUACACCUCGCUCCUGAGGGGGCGAUCGCCCGGGAGGGCGGACGGGAACUACCCCGGCGGGAGAUCGUCUCCGGAGCCGUACAGAACCCGCAGCCUUGGACGAGACAUCUCCCCGAUCGGAAGCCCCCCCAGAAGGCGAGACUCGGAGGACGAAGAGGACGACGACAACUUUGUGGCGGCCAGGGUGAGGGAGUACUACAGCACGCUCCGGAGCGACGUCAGUCGCUCCGCCAGGCCGCUGCUUCCGGAGCCCAAGAGGACCUACAAGGACAACCCCAGAGACCUGAGCAUCUGAUUGGACGGCAGCCCCCUCCCAUCGCAGCAAAGACGCCGCCGUUGGUCGGAAGCCGUUCAAAGCCGCCGUGGACGCACGCUUACUACCAAGACAAGACGGUGCUUCGUUGGCUUUGUUUUCUCUUGAGGGUUUAUUAUUUCCCCCUUGAUUCGGGUUGACAUUCCACCCUUGGAACAAUGCAGACUUUUCCGUCAAAUCUAAAAACCAUCCAAACAAUGAUGUGCCUAACCGUUCCACGACCAACCACUCCUUUGUUUUGUUGGAUACUCGGCAGACAUUUUGCGCCGAGCCAAAGGAAAUGUCCCGCAAGGAUCCUCAUGGUGUGCAUGUCUUGACUGGUCUCUCUCUCUCUCUUUCUUCAACCCCAGCCCCCGAGUGCCACUGUUUUAUAGAGAUUUCGCCAGACUAUAGCACAAGCCUGCAUUUGUUUGUACAUUUUUGGACAGUUUGCAGUAUGUGUACAUUCAGAGCUGAUCAUUCAAAAUGAAUGAAGGGGAAACUCAACGUUCAACUAUAACAAUGGUGAUGGAUGUUCAAAUAAAAUAAUAUAUUCAGCG